CCUGCCGGGUCUCCAGCUUCCGGCCGGUCGAGAGGGAGCGAUUCUUCCAGGUGUGGCCUCGAUCGAGAGACGCUCGUCAAAGAGCUUGUCGAGUUGAAGAAGCUUGUGGCGGAUCAAAACAGGCAGCAAAAGAAGCAAAAGCUUCUAGCUUCCGCGGUGGAGCACGAGAAUAGGUACCAUUUCCUUUGUCAUUUCAUCACAUCUUGUUUUCUUUCGCUGUGAUUCUUCCAACUUACAGGAAGUUGGAGAGAGACAUAUUGGAUCUUGAGUUGAAAGGAAUUGCCGACGCCCUCAGUGAUUACGACUCACCGUUUCUUCGCGAGAAACUCCAAGGUAUGUUAAUUGUAUUUCCUUUGAUCGAAGCUCUUCAACUCUCUGGCUUGUUUGGCUGCAACGUAGAUUUCAAGACAAGGAUCAGCUACUUGCAAAGGGCUUGCCGGCUCCAAAGUGAGGAGCUCUGCCUUUUGCGAAGAGAUGUCCGUGGAACGCACACCAAGGAGCUUGAAAUGGAGCGAGACGUUUUUGCAGAGGAAGCGUUCUUCUUGCAGAGGGUGGCGAGAAAGCUGGCAACGAUUCAGACCCGGAUCAACUCCGAGAACAAGGAGAUUCAGCAAAUGUUAGCGAAGAACGAACAGCUGGAAGCAGCCAACUAUCAAACCCAGUCCAACAUCACGGUAUCUCCAGCGUUGUCCCCGAUCUCUAGCUGAUGGAAACGAGCAAAG